AAAAAAAAAAAAAAUAUGGCUGAACAAGAAGUACCAACGUUUAAACUUGUUCUUGUCGGCGAUGGUGGUACCGGCAAGACAACAUUCGUCAAACGCCAUUUGACCGGUGAAUUUGAAAAGAAAUAUGUUGCCACCCUUGGUGUGGAAGUUCAUCCUUUAACUUUCCAUACAAACUUUGGCCCCAUUUGUUUCAACACAUGGGACACUGCGGGGCAAGAAAAGUUUGGAGGUCUCAGGGACGGUUAUUACAUUCAAGGGCAAUGUGCCAUCAUCAUGUUCGACGUAACAUCUAGAAUUACAUAUAAGAAUGUUCCAAACUGGCACCGAGACUUAGUUCGUGUAUGUGAAAAUAUUCCAAUCGUUUUAUGUGGCAACAAGGUUGAUAUAAAGGAACGUAAAGUUAAAGCAAAAACUAUUACUUUCCAUCGCAAGAAAAAUCUUCAAUAUUAUGAUAUUUCCGCCAAGAGUAACUACAAUUUCGAGAAACCGUUUUUGUGGUUAGCUAGAAAACUGAUUGGAAAUCCAAAUCUUGAAUUUGUUGCUUCUCCAGCCUUAGCUCCACCCGAGGUAGAUUUUACGCCCAAGGAUGCAGAAACUUACGAACGAGAACUAGCGGAAGCUGCCGCAGCACCUCUCCCUGAGGAAGAUGACGAUCUUUAAUCUUUUCAAUCAAAUUAUUUGAAAUUUAAAAUAGUAGUAUAAUAAAUAAGUAAAGGACUGUGCAACAAAAAAAAAAUUGUAUUGUGUUUUAAUUACAAUGUUGCAAAUGAAAAAUUUUACCAAAGUUUUAAUAUGCUUUUAAAAUAUCAAAAGUGUUCGGUUCCGUUUUUUUUAUUUAUAAAUUUUAUAAAUCAAAUAUUUUAAUUUUAUCGUUGUUCCAAAUUUAAGAAAAAUUCAGAUAUAUAAAAAAAAAGACGUUAUGUGAAUACCGCGUAAUCUGCUUAGCAUGUAGGUCUAUUAAAUCGUCACAACUUAUUAAAAAAAAAAUUAGUAUAAAUUUAUUCUCUUUGAUGUAAAUUUAUUAAAAUCUGAUAGAAAAUAAAUACACAGAAUACAAAAAAAAAAAAAAAA